AGGCAAAUUCACAGAAAACACCGCACACAUUCUUCACUGUUCAUGCGCGUUGAUUGUUUGAUAGAUUCAACUUGUUUUUAAGCUUUUACUUCUCAUUUUUUUUCUCUUUUUCUGCUCCAUUUCGCUCAAGCGAGGUAGGUAGUCGUCAUUGAAUGCUCUCUGUUUCACUCCUUUAAUUUUUUCCCCUUUUUUCCGUUUUUCUUCCCUUUUUUUUCUGUGUAGUAGUGCGUGUUCUUCUCGAUUCGACAUGCUAUGGUCUCUCGAUCCGAUCGAGUUUAGCAACAAUCUUUCUAUCUCUUAAAAAAGAAAGAAACGCAAAAACGCGAAAGAUUUCCCCCCCUUCAAAGUUUUUUUUUUUUUUCCUUUCUUUUGCGGGUGUCAAGUCAUUCAUUCAUUGCCUCCUCCAGAAAGAGAAGGAGAAGCAAAGCAAAGAAAGAAGGAGCGCGACCUACCUUAGGUCAUUCGUGUUUUGGGGGAGGAUUUCGUGCGCGCCCCGCUUUGGAUCUGCGCAUGCGCCUGGCGAUCUGGCGAGCGAGCUGAAUUGAGGUGAGUCUAGACUCCAGCCAGCGCCCGGGUCGCCAAUCGAGGAAGAGAUUGGAGCUGGAACGAGCGAGCAGGCUCUCGAAAUCCCGAAAUCUGGCCGGGGAGGAGGGGAGGGGCCGAGGAAAUCGGCGGGAGAAUGCAGGUUAGAAGGAGGGAAUGGAUUUGGGCAGCAGUGGCGAUGGGGAGAAUGGAUCAUGCAAAGCCGUGGUUUCGCUGCUGGUGUUCUAGAGCGCCUUCUAAAACUAGCUGCUAGGACAACGGGAAAAAUAGUUUCUUGGUGGAGAAGAUGCUGCUCGAGCUCUAGCGGAUUGGUAGAUCGAUGAAAUGGGGCAGUGCUAUGGAAAAACUGGAGGAAACGAGCAGCAGCACAAGAGCACUGAGGAGAAUUCCUACAAUGGCUACUCCACCACCACGGGUGGAAACAAUUCUCCACAUUUCUCCUCCAAGUCAUCGUUUAGCAACUCGCCAUUCCCUCCGGCUAGUCCCAUGCCUUACGCGAGCUCGCCCGCCAAUUCCACGCCGAGAAGGAUGUUUCGGCGGCCGUUUCCGCCACCAUCGCCGGCCAAGCACAUCCAAGCCUCGCUCAUGAAGAGGCUGGGAACUACGAAAACUAAGGAGGCUGGAGGAGUCGCUGGAGGAGGAGGUGCUGCUGCUGCUACCGCGAUCGAGAACGGAGGAGGCCUUGACAAGAGCUUUGGAUUUGCGAAGAACUUUGCUUCUCGGUACGAGCUGGGACAGGAGAUUGGACGCGGUCACUUUGGGCAUACUUGCUUCGCGAAAGUGAAGAGGGGCGAGCUUAAAGGCCAACAAGUUGCGGUCAAGAUCAUCAUGAAGGCAAAGAUGACCACGGCGAUAGCGAUCGAGGAUGUACGUCGAGAAGUGAAGAUUCUCAAGGCUCUGUCUGGUCAUCCCAACCUGGUAAAGUUCUACGAUGCAUGCGAAGACAACCUGAAUGUGUACAUUGUCAUGGAGUUGUGCGAAGGAGGAGAGCUGCUAGACCGGAUUCUGUCAAGAGGUGGAAAAUUCCCCGAGGAGGACGCCAAGGUUGUGCUCUCGCAGAUCUUACAAAUAGUUGCUUAUUGCCAUCUUCAAGGUGUCGUUCACAGAGAUUUAAAACCAGAGAAUUUCCUAUUUACUGCCAAGGACGAGAAUGCGCCCUUGAAAGCAAUCGAUUUUGGACUCUCGGAUUAUGUGAAACCAGAUGAGAAGCUAAACGACAUUGUCGGGAGUGCGUACUAUGUUGCCCCCGAAGUACUUCACAGAUCCUACAGCAUGGAAGCUGAUAUAUGGAGUGUUGGAGUUAUAACUUAUAUCCUCUUCUGUGGAAGCAGGCCUUUCUGGGCUCGCACAGAGUCCGGAAUCUUUCGCGCGGUCUUGCGAGCAGAUCCCAACUUUGUGGAAACUCCUUGGCCUUCGGUAUCUACCGAAGCCAAAGAUUUUGUGAAGAGGCUGCUCAAUAAGGACUCGCGGAAGCGAAUGACAGCAGUCCAAGCUUUAAGUCACCCGUGGAUUCGUGGAGAGCGAAAAAUUCCUCUAGACAUAUUUAUUUUUAAGCAAGUCAAGUCCUAUUUACGAGCCACACCCUUAAAGCAGACAGCUCUCAAGGCGCUGUCAAGGACUUUAACUGAGGACGAGCUGAUUUACUUGAGAGCUCAGUUCUUACUAUUGGAGCCCAGUAAGAAUGGUCGCGUGUCCCUAGAGAACUUCAGAAUGGCUUUGGCUAAGCAUUCCACCGAUGCCAUGAAAGAAGCGAGGCUGUUUGAGAUGCUGUCUUCGAUGGAUGCCUUGGCUUCAAGAAAAAUGGAUUUCUACGAGUUCUGUGCCGCAACCAUCAGCGUUUACCAGCUUGAAGCGUUGGAUCGCUGGGAGCGACACGCUCGAUCAGCAUACGAGAUAUUCAACCGGGAAGGCAAUCGAUCACUUACAGUCGAGGAGCUUGCAAAGGAACUGGGACUAUCUCCAAACUCGCCAGCGCACGUUUCACUCCACGAAUGGCUCAGGCCCGUGGAUGGCAAGCUCAGCUUCUACGGGUUCACGAAGCUCUUACACGGAGUGAGCCCCCGCUUAAGUUCCAGGCCGAGAUAGACGACGCCUCCCAUUUCGAUUUUUUCUCCGCAAUUUCUGACACACUGGAGCAAUGGUGGAUCGUCAAAGAUACCAUCCCAAAUUCACAGGUUCUUCGUCCUAUUUUCCAACUCUUUGAUUUUUGGGAAUGUAGCAACUGUUGAGAGCUUUCCUUCCUGUCCUUACGUUUGCUCUCCAUUCAGAGCAGUGGAAUAUCCAGCAAAACUUGUUAUCUGGGGUCCAGUCCAGGAAGAGCGUGGCACGAAAAAAAUGGUUUAGAUCCGCCCGUGUUCUUCACUUUGGAUUCAACACGGAAUUCACAAACAACUCUCGGCA